AUGGGAGCUAGCCGAUACAAAAUAAUUUUGUCUCCGCCAAAAGAUUCAAACCUGCAAGGCUCUGGAUGUAGCAGUCCAUUUGCUGUUGGUAUAAUUGCUGCAACUCUCUAUAAGGAAGUAUGCUCAAGAAGAAAUAGAGAGAGCAAGAGAGAAAUAAGGCUUAUUGUAAACCAUGGGUUGGACUCCUCCUCUUCUUCCUCCUCCACCUCCACCUCCUCCACCACCACCUCCUCCUCCUCCUCCUCCCCCCUAUAUUUAGGCAUUAAGACAGUGGAAGAACAUGAUGGUUGCUAUGUCCAUUUAGGGAAGAAAAUGGGCCCCAAUCUUUUUAAUUUUGUCUAUGCACAGAGACAUAGAAGGCCAUAUAAAUACCUGGCUACAUUUAUCUCAGAGUUUGCAGAUGAGGCCCAGAAGAUAACUAGCAAUGUGGAGCCCCUGGCAGAUGGGGAUUUGAAAGGCACAGAAGAAAAAGAAGAAACGGUGGCGGUAGAAGUCGGCUGGAUGACCUCUGUGAAAGACUGGGCAGGGGUGAUGAUUUCAGCCCAGACCUUAACCGGCAGAGUUCUUGUUGUUUUAGUCUUUGCUCUUAGCAUUGGUGCUCUUGUAAUAUACUUCAUAGAUUCGUCAAACCCAAUAGAAUCUUGCCAGAAUUUCUACAAAGAUUUCACGUUACAGAUAGACAUGGCUUUUAAUGUGUUCUUCCUGCUCUACUUCGGCUUGCGGUUCAUAGCAGCCAACGACAAACUCUGGUUUUGGCUGGAAGUGAACUCCGUGGUUGAUUUUUUCACCGUUCCUCCCGUGUUCGUUUCGGUGUAUUUAAAUAGGAGUUGGCUAGGUUUAAGAUUUUUGCGCGCUCUUAGGCUGAUUCAGUUCUCAGAAAUCUUACAGUUCCUGAAUAUUCUUAAAACAAGUAAUUCCAUCAAGUUAGUGAACUUGUGCUCGAUAUUUAUUAGCACGUGGCUGACAGCAGCUGGAUUUAUACAUUUGGUGGAGAACUCAGGGGAUCCAUGGGAAAACUUCCAAAAUAACCAACCACUUACAUAUUGGGAAUGUGUUUAUUUGCUCAUGGUUACUAUGUCCACCGUUGGCUACGGAGAUGUUUAUGCAAAAACAACCCUGGGCCGCCUUUUUAUGGUUUUCUUCAUCCUCGGGGGAUUGGCCAUGUUUGCCAGUUACGUCCCUGAAAUCAUAGAGUUAAUAGGAAACCGCAAGAAAUAUGGUGGGUCCUAUAGCGCGGUUAGUGGAAGAAAGCACAUUGUUGUCUGUGGUCACAUCACUUUGGAAAGCGUGUCCAAUUUCUUGAAGGACUUCCUUCACAAGGACAGGGAUGAUGUCAACGUAGAAAUUGUCUUUCUGCAUAAUAUCUCCCCUAACCUUGAGUUGGAAGCUCUUUUUAAACGACACUUUACUCAGGUGGAAUUUUUUCAAGGCUCCGUUCUUAAUCCGCACGACUUGGCUAGAGUAAAGAUAGAGUCAGCAGAUGCUUGCCUGAUCCUUGCCAACAAAUACUGCGCGGAUCCAGAUGCCGAAGAUGCUUCUAAUAUUAUGAGAGUAAUUUCUAUAAAGAACUACCACCCCAAAAUAAGAAUAAUCACUCAGAUGCUGCAGUAUCACAAUAAGGCCCAUCUGCUAAAUAUUCCAAGCUGGAAUUGGAAAGAAGGGGAUGAUGCCAUAUGCCUUGCAGAGCUAAAGCUGGGGUUUAUUGCCCAAAGCUGUCUGGCACCAGGCCUAUCGACUAUGUUGGCAAAUCUCUUCUCCAUGAGAUCAUUUAUAAAGAUUGAAGAGGACACUUGGCAGAAGUACUACCUGGAAGGAGUAUCUAAUGAAAUGUACACAGAAUACCUUUCCAGUGCUUUUGUUGGUCUGUCGUUCCCUGCUGUUUGUGAGCUGGUCUUUGCGAAGCUAAAACUCUUAAUGAUAGCCAUAGAAUACAAGUCGGUGGAACGGGAAAGCAGAAGCCGAAAACGCAUAUUAAUCAAUCCUGGGAACCACGUGAAAAUUCUAGAAGGUACGCUAGGAUUCUUCAUUGCAAGUGAUGCCAAAGAAGUGAAAAGGGCCUACUUUUAUUGCAAGGCGUGUCACGAUGACAUCACCGAUCCCAAAAGGAUAAAAAAAUGUGGCUGUAAACGAUUGAUCUAUUUUGAAGACGAGCAACUGACGACUCUUUCGCCCAAGAAGAAGCAAAGGAACGGAGGGAUGAGAAAUUCGCCCAACUGUUCGCCCAAACUGAUGAGGUGAGGUCCAAAGCCGCUCGUAUCUUUAUCUCUUCUCUUCAAGACAAUAAUUUCGCCUCCUUCACUUCCCCCCUCCCCAAAAAAAAAAUUCAUAAGAAAAAAACAAAACACAACCAAAAUCGUGGCAGGGUGUUAGGGAAAAGUAAAAGAUUGUUAGAUGGUUUCUGAAAACGCCGGAGUAUUUAUUCUGUCAGCUUGUCAGCAGUUAAUGAUAGAGCUCGGGGGGGAAAGAGAAAAAAAAAAUCUGUCAUGAAAAACAAUUUGAAAACCUGUUUGAAAAAUACAUAGGCUUUAAAGUCUUAGCUGUCACUCAGCUUGUCCGUGUGUAGUUCUAAAACAGCAAUGGCACUAAUGAUAGCGCUAACCAAUCCGAGAAACCCAUGGGUUAAGUUUGCCUCAGGCGAUUUUCUUUCUUUCUGGAAAUCCCUCCAAGUGCUGUUUUCUGUACUUAAAACCGUGCGUGAGACGUAUCACCGCAAUCAGAAAUGAACCUGAAUAUUACCUUCCCUUUUGAUCCUGUCGACUGAAAUCAAAUUUCCUCUAAUUGAUUUGGAAAAA